AUGCAGAGGACUAGUCCUGAUCCUCUGGUCUCUGCUACCCUACUGGUGUGUGCACAUUGUAUUCACGAAGCAAUUGAAUUACUGUUAAGUUAUGAGAAAGUUGAAGAAGCUUUAAUUCUGGCUCAUUUACGUUUAGAAUCAUCAUCAUCAGAAGUUGUAAUAUACACAGAAAAGUGUAUAAAACGGUUAAUUGAUCAUCGUUCAAGUUCAUUUGAUGAAAAGUCAUUCUUUUCAAUUCGAUUGAAUAUUGGAAAUAAACAAUGGCUAAAUGCUACGAAUAUUAUGGUACAUCGUGAAGUAGAAAUUUCUAAAAUACGACCUGGUAAAGAAGAGAUUGAACAAGUUGGCUGGCUGGUGUUGGAUUGGUAUUGA